AACGUGCUUUUUGUGUUCCGCUGUCAUUCAAAUUAGAUAUGAAAUCUUCAUCAGUAGCUUUAGAGACGUAGACACGAGGGGGCGGUUUUGCUCAGCCAUUUGAUUAAGGCAUUAAAACAAAAGUAAAUUGAGACCUUGGUGGACUACAAACUCGAGGAAUGCAGGAAGGGGUGAAAUCUCACUCUCAGUUCUUAAGGCCAUUGAUGAACUUUCGAAAAUAAUUGUAUGCAUGUAAGAAAAUGGUCGAGUCACAAGGCCUAUUUUUAAUAAUAAUUUCGUUAGGUAGACAAUCUUGUGAAUAAGCAAUCUUGGUCCACCGAAAGUAGAAAAAAAAACUCCACUCAAAUUACCCAACAAAAAACUCUCUUGUUACUUCAGAAAUUUUAACCAUCCAACACAUACCCUAAUUUACCGUCUCUGCUUCACUCACCAGCCAUGCUCGCCUAUGUCGCUGUCUCCCUCACCGGACACCCUGGAUGCCGCGGAGCUUCUUCUCCCUCUUGGUGCCACAUACCGAUCAGAAGCAACAGCACCAAGCAAGCCGGAGGCGGUACACCACCAUCACCGCCAACUGCAACAACAUCGUUGACACGGGCUCUGUUCUAUGGCCAGUGAAGGAGGUUCCUCGAGCACGUAACGAGUUCGAUUGCCAUCUAACAUUCGUUGCGUGGAAGGUAGAGACGAGAAGGAUGACAUUGCUCCAAUGUGCAAAUGUGAAGCGUAUGCUAUAUUGUAUAAGUCCAAGACGCCAACUAACCCCCAACCGGUUGUUUCUUAGGUGCCCCUUCUUCAAGGUAACAUGGUUCUAUGAAGCUUAAAGCAGGUUCAUGUAUUUAAUUGAAUUUUGAUUUCCUUUUUAAUCUUGCAGUUGAAAAAUCCAUUUCACUGCAAGUUCUUUGUCUGGCUUGAUGAUCAUGUUGCAAAAAUUGGGAGUACAGAGAAGUAAAUUUGUGACUAUGAGGUUGACAAUAUGGAGUAGUACUUGUGCAAGAAUAAAAUAGAAUAGAGACUAGUUAAGUUGGAGAGGAAGCUUGCUUAUCUAGAAAGGAAGAAAAAAAACUAAUAUGUUGGUUAUUCUUGUGUGUUCGUCAGUAACUUGUGUUGAUGUUGUUGUAAUUAUAAGUCUUGAAAAAUAGAUAAUCAGAGAAGUUAUGCAUUGUUGUUGUAAUGAAC